AUGAUACUUCGCCUUAAAAAAACGGCACCUGCGUCUCUUUCGCAACCAUAUCGCUCUCCGACGACUGCUGUAUCGCCCCCCUGUCUCUCUGCAACGACUGUUGGGCCGCCGCCGCCCUACGCCAGUCGCCAGGUGUCGACACCUUCGUCGGUAUCUUUACCGGCGACGAGCACGCACCAGGUUCUAGUCAUAAAUAUUGGAAGAUCUUUAUUGGUAAUUCCAGCUAUGUGCCCUGCCUUUAUUGGAGAUUCUUCAGGGUGAUGAUAGAUGCCAAUUCAUCAUUCUCUGGAGGUGCUCAGUUGCAGCCAAGUACAAGCAUGAAUACUUAUUCCUUCAUGCCUGCUCCAUCGUCCCCAAUAUCAUUUUCAUCAAAUAACAUCUCUGGCUCUUCAGUCAUUGAUGGCUCCAUUGUGCAGCAAAGUCCACCCCAAGACCAGGCGCAAAAGCAGAGGUCUUCAAGUCUAACAUCACAUCCUAUUAUUGAGGCUGGUGGUGCAUUGCAUGCUCCAAAGAAAUUAAGAAUUGAUGUUAGGCAAGAUGAACUGCAGCAACAGCUGAUUCAGCGUCUGCUCCAUGGUCAGGGUUCUCUUCAUCUCCAGGGGCAACAGAACCCACAGCUUCAAGCUUUGAUCCAGCAGCAUAAUCUGGCACAUAUGCAGCAGAGGCAGCAGCAGCUGCUGCAAUCAUUUGCUCAGACACAACCAUCUCAAAUUGGCAUUCCUCAUCAGCCUCAGCUUCCGCCAUCACUAGCACAGCCUGGAAUAGCUGUACCUGUUAGGACUCCUGUCAACAAUGGCCUUUGUUCCCGCAGGCUAAUGCAGUAUUUAUAUCACAAGCGUCGUCGUCCGGAGAAUAAUCCCAUAACAUAUUGGAGGAAGCUUGUUGAGGAAUAUUUUGCACCAACAGCAAGAGAAAGAUGGUGUGUGUCAUCUUACGAAAAGAGAGCGAAUGCUUCAGUUUCUACUGCACAAACGGCUCAGGACGUGUGGCGAUGUGACAUAUGCAAAACACAUGGUGCAAAAGGAUAUGAAUCUACCUAUGAAGUGCUUCCUAGACUCUGUCAAAUUAGAUUUGAUCAUGGUGUUAUAGACGAAUACCUAUUCCUUGACAUGACCAAGCCCAACGAAUUCCAAUUGCCUAAUGGACUAAUGGUGCUGGAGCAUACAAAAGUUGUUCAAAAGAGCGUUUAUGAACACCUACAUGUUAUACAUGAGGGGCAUUUGAGAAUCAUAUUCACACCAGAAUUAAAGAUCAUGUCAUGGGAGUUCUGUUCACGACGACAUGAAGAGUAUAUCACUCGCCGGGUUCUGGCACCGAAGGUCAAUAAUUUGCUACAGGUUGCCCAGAAAUUCCAAACCGCUGCCACUGAAAAUGGUCCUGCUGGGGUUUCAAAUAAUGAUGCACAAACCAUUUGCAACAUGUUUGUGGCUGCAUCACGACAACUAGCGAAGAAUCUGGAGCACCACACCUUGAAUGAACAUGGCCUUUCUAAACGAUAUGUUCGCUGCCUGCAGAUAUCGGAGGUGGUGAAUAACAUGAAGGACUUGAUUGAGUUCACCAACAGAAACAAUUUUGGUCCUAUAGAGGGCCUGAAGAAUUAUCCAAAACCAAAUGUGUCGGAGCUUCCAGGACAGAAUCCGCGUGAGACAAAACAAACAACGGCUGCUGGUGGUCUUCCGAAUGACCAGAACAACACCGAAGCUAUGGGUACCAAACAAGAAACAAGCGCUCGUGUGGACAACGGAGCUUCUGUUGCUGGAGCCGUCGGUAAUAGUGCUCCGCAGAACGCUGCAGCACUAAACGGUUACCAAAAUUUACCGAGAAGCUCCAGCGCAAAUCAGAGUCAGCUUCAGCAGGGGGCAUCCGGUGCCUUCAAAGGUCCUGCCGCGACGCGCAAUGGCAUGCAGAUGGAAGCAUCUAGGUCCUUCUGUGGACCUAACCAAGUGCAGCUAGCACGAUUCCAACAUCCUGGGUCAUUUCAGCACCCAAUGCCCCAGCACAACAACCUCCAGGGCUUGGGGUUGCAAAACAAUCACCGGGGCCUGGGCGUGAGCCCACAGUAUCAGCAGCAUGCUUUAAAUCAGCUGAUUCAAGAAGUUAAGAACGCUAAAAGGCACACACUGCCACAGCAACCACCUCUAGAUAUCCCUAACAUAAGCAGUGGUAUCACAUCAGGAGGUGCUAACACCAACAGUGCUGGUACAGGAGAUCAGGGACAGCGCAUGGCCGUAAAUGGUGCUGCCACCAUCUAUACCGGGCCUACUAGUGUGAUCAAUAACAGCACAGCCAGAAGUAACAAUUUCAAGUCGGUAAGCAGCAAUCUGGCUGUUGCUGCUGCUCCUGCUGGAGGCAAUGCCGCGACUUUGAAGGCCAAGCCCUUCCAUGAAUUUGAUGACCUGGAGCAUCUCAUCGCUAAUGAAUUGGUGGGGAGCGGGCUGCUCAACGGUAACGAGUUGGCGUGGAACAGUUGACAGAGUACAAAGACAUCUCGCUGCUCAGACUUGAGCGUUAAAGUGUUGAGAACAGCCUUCUUGGUAGAUUUUGCUAGCAUGGAAACUAGUAUGUGUCGGUGGAAAGCUACCCCAGAUCCUAGUUUCUGUUUCUCUUUUGGUAGAUUUUGUAUUGCCGGUCGGGACAGUUAACUGAUAGGAGUUGGAUUUGGCUUGUAAAUGUGAGAUAGGAGUUGCAUUGCCUCUGACUGUCAAAUUAUUUGUUCCAUGUUCCGGUUAUUCCCAGGCUGAGCCAAAUUUUUUUUGGCUAAUUACUUCA